AUGCCUGGAAAAAAUGUUUCGGUUGUCACAGAAUUCAUUCUUCUUGGCUUUGGAGAUCUUCACAGCUUCAAAAUUGUGUUAUUCAUUGUAUUUCUAAGUAUUUUCCUCUUCACGUUAACUGGAAAUCUUUUGAUUAUUUUGUUAGUUUCAAUUAGUCAUCACCUUCAUUCUCCCAUGUAUUUUUUCCUUUGUCAUCUUUCAUUGACUGAUAUUGUUUUGUCAACAAAUACUCUCCCCAACCUUCUGGGUGCAAUCUUAAAUGGUGGAAAAAGAAUUACAAUUAUUGGUUGUAUAACUCAAUUCUAUUUCUUUAGUGGUAUUACUAUUACAGAAUGUUUCCUGCUCGCAGUGAUGUCCUAUGAUCGAUACCUGGCUAUAUGUGUUCCAUUGCGUUAUAUCUCUAUCAUGGACUUUAUAUUGCUCACCUGUCUGUCUGCUUUGCCCUGGAUGGUAGGUUUUAUCCUAAACCUUGUUGCUGCUACACUUGUAGCUAAAUUUCAGUUCUGUGAUGGAAACAUUGUUGACCAUAUAUUUUGUGAUCUUUCCCCUCUCCAAAAACUUUCAUGUUCCGACUCAUCUCUUGUGGAAUUUCUAGUCUUUGUAUGCUCCACCCCAGUAUUCAUUUGUCCUUGUGGUUUUAUUGUAGUGACUUAUAUUUAUAUUUUCCUCACAAUACUUAGGAUGCCUUCCACCGUAGGAAGACAGAAGGCAUUUUCAACCUGCAGUUCCCACCUUCUCGUGGUUGGUGCAUUCUAUGGGACAUUAAUAACCAAGUACAUGAUACCAUCCAUAGGUCAUUCAUUGCUUUUCAAUAAGAUUAUAUCAUUGCUGUCUACUGUAUUCACCCCUCUAUUUAACCCUUUAGUAUACAGUCUAAGAAACCAAGACAUCCGGAUAGCACUAAGAAAGAUUUCUGAACGUUAG